UUGGCCUCGAGGUGGGCGGGGCCAGCCGUGCCGCUGUCUGCCGCACUCGCUUUUUUUGCCUCUCGCUUUGCGCUGAAUCCGCUGUUGGCGCUGGCAGUUUCCGCGGCGGCGGAGGCGGCGCUGCUUUUUUUGCGCGCUUUCCCGUUGCUGCCUUUAAUUCUCCAAUGAGAGGCUCCGAGGAAGGCUGCUUUUUUUGCCUCAGGAUCGAGGACCAGCCUGGGAUGACCUCAGGUUUGCUCUGGGCUGUUUGAGCAGCGCGGCCCCGUCCAAGGGAAUCUAAUGGAAGCGAUGUCCCCGCAACAGGAUCACGUCGGCCAGGGGCGAUCUUCCUCCCUGACCGGAGGGAAUCGCCGCUCCGCCGCUCCGGAGGGCAAAAAGCAGAAAAUGAAGAGCUUGGCCCAAAGACGUCAGUCAGCACCAUCCCUGGUUCUCAGCAAAGCUCUGAACAAAGCCAGAACAAGUGCCAGGGAAGGCUGCUUCUCCCCAAUCAGUCCGGAGACAUGUCCACUGGUACAGUCCUUCCUUUCUCCAGCUCGAGCAUUCCUAUUGGAAGGACAUGUACAACUGAAGACGGGCCUGCAGACUCAGGAACGACACCUGUUCCUCUUUACUGACAUCCUUGUGGUUGCUAAAUCCAAGUCCCAGUUGCAUUUCAAACUGAAGACCCAGGCCCGCCUGUCUGAAAUGUGGACUGCUUCUUGCUUGGAAGAGGUCUGUGAGAGCAGCACUAAUGCCGACCGAUCUUUCGUUUUGGGAUGGCCCACAACCAACUGCGUCGCCAGUUUCAGUUCCGUCGAGCAAAAAGAGAAGUGGCUCACUUCCCUUCAAAGUCGAAUGAAAGAAGAGAAAGCAAAAGACUAUCCCAAGAGUAUUCCGUUGAAGAUUCUUGCAAAGGAUAUUGGAAAUUGUGUAUAUUCAAAAACCUUAACCAUUACUAACCUGGACACGGCAAACGACGUCAUCCUCUUGGCUCUCCAGCAGCUUGGAAUUAAUGGUUCUGAGAAGGAUUAUCAGCUGUGGGUUAAUUCUGGAAAAGAAGAUGCCCCUUAUCCUCUUAUUGGGCAUGAAUAUCCUUUUGGAAUUAAAAUGAACCACAUUCGUGACACUUUGCCCCAGACAGAGGGGUCAAAGGAUGGCGAUUGCCCUCUGGAUCUUCAAGGAGCCUUCCUAAUAGAACAAUUGCCCCGUGAGCUUCAGUGCCAGUUCAUUCUCAAGCCAAGCCGACUGGCCACUGGGCAUCAGUUGAAUGAGUUAAGCCAAAAGCCAUUUAAAAGGAAAAGAUCGAUUAUAAACUGGGCCUUCUGGCGAGAAACAGGUGCUCCAGUGGAUCAUUUAGUGCCAUCUCCAACGUCUUCCAAAUCAGGGAAGCUGUUUGGCCUUUCCCUCUCAUCCAUCUGUGAGAAUGAUAAUCUGCCCAAACCUAUCUUGGAUAUGCUUUGCUUUCUUUAUCAAGAGGGACCGUUUACUCGGGGUAUUUUCAGACGUUCAGCAAAUGCAAAAUCCUGCAGAGAGCUGAAAGAGAAGCUUGACUCGGGUGAAGACGUACACCUAUUUUGCGAGUCUGUGUUUGUGAUAGCCUCUGUGUUUAAGGAUUUCCUUCGUAACAUCCCAGGAAGCAUCUUCUCAUCCGAGCUCUGUGAUCAGUGGGUUUCCUUAAUGGAUGAAGGGAACCAUGAACAGCAAAUGAAAAUCAUCCACAGACUAAUGGAACAGCUUCCAAAAGCCAAUGUAGUGCUGUUGCGUUACCUCUUUGGAGUAUUACACAGCAUACAAAAGCAGUCUGAAGGCAACCAGAUGACCGCAUUCAAUUUAGCAGUGUGCAUCGCACCCAGCUUGCUCUGGCCUCCAGCUCCUGCAAAUCCAGGGACUGAAGGAGAAUUCACCAAGAAGGUUUCUGUCCUUGUACAGUUUCUCAUCGAAAAUUGCUGCAGGAUCUUUGGGGAAGAACUUGUCUCUGUCUUUGCAGAUAUUAUGCCCAAACAUGAUAACCGGGAAGACGGUUCAGAUCUCUCUUCUUUUCACCUGAAUGACUCCUCCUACGAUAGUUUGGAAAAUGAAUUAAAUGACUGCACAGAUCCCGCAUUUAACAACCUUUUUAAAAAACGAGGGAAAGAGAACAGGAGUAGAGACUCCGUUUUGACUUUGAGCGACUGUGAUUUGGACUCGCCAGAAGCUGGAGAUGCUCAGAUUAAAUUACCAAUCAAAUCUCAGCCAGUGUCCAUUUCUGUGGGCUUCCAUCACAAAUCUUCGUCACGGGAGCACUCUGAGAAUGAGUCUCUGUGUUCCAUCACGUCAGGUUAUUCAUCAACGGCCAUCUCAGAUGUUCUGAAAAGCUCAAGAAGGCAUAGGCGCUGUUCAGAGCCCACGAUUGGUCUUCUUGACUCCAAGUUUACACCACUCAGUGGGUUUCAUGAAAGCGCUGUACGCAAAGCCAGCUGUGAUGCUGUUCUGUCCCACACAAAUGAAGACUAUCUUGAGCAGUUUCGUUCUCUCCAAGUAGAAGGCCAGAAACUUAUAAAUCAGAAUUUGGUUAUGGGGAUAGAAGUAAGCAACAAGGAUGGUCCUGAAAGUCAUAUCGGUGAAAAGAAAGAUGUUUCUAACCGUCUCCUCCUGCCGCCACCACUUAGGUUAAAUAUUUGCUCAAGGACUAGCUGCUCUAGCCUCUCAUCACCAGGAACUUCCCCAUCAGGGUCUUCAAUGAGCUCUCUUGAUAGUGCUUUUUCCCAGUUUUCGGACUAUUCGGUGUUUACCCCAACCGAGGCUUCCUCUCCUCUAGACUGUGCCUUUCAGCCACAGAGGAAAUUUGGAGAGGUUUCUCCUGAUUUUAAUCCUUUUUCAGGAAUUCACCUUGGAUCCGGAGUUAGCGCUUUUUCUAACCAAGCCAACAAUAACCAAACCAGCAGCUUGAUACCUAUUAAGAAAGAGAACCUGGAAUGGCUUCCUCACAAAAACCCGGUCACUCUGCAUCCCAGCACAUGGUUGAAAAGUGGUGCUUCCACCAUGAAAAACUGGACUCUACGGAAAAGGGAAAGAGCCUCCAAGCAGAAUGAGAAAAAUAACACUUCUGUGAAAAUAACUUUGGAGUCAACAACAUUUCCCUCUGAGAGUAAUUUAGCUCAGGGGCAACAAGGAACGGGCAGCAUUUGCGCAACGGAUGGCAAUUCUGUGGCGGGGCACUUGGGGAGCGGAUCUUCUCAGGAAGUUGGGCAGCUCACUAGCCUUCCUUUUUGUGCCAUGGAAGCCCAGGAGAAACGGCUAAAGGCCUUGGAGCUUUUAGCAGAGCAUAGCAAGGAAGAGGAAGAAGAGGAAAAUUCUACAGUGUUUGUUUCUUACAAACAACAACAACCCAGUCUUAAGCCACAGUCUCAAAAUAAACCCAAGCCAGAGGCUGAUUUGGGGGCUGACCAUCAGCGGGUCAUUGAGAGAAAGUUAAACGAAACCACCCGUUUCACAGGAGUUGCAGUCCAGCAAGCAGCAGAUUCCAAAACUGAUAAAUCUUCAUUGAUCAGAGAGCCCAAAGAUGCUGACAUCAACUUGGAAAAUGAAUGUUGUGCUUCUUCACACUUAGUCAAGGAUGAGGAUGAAUGUUCAUUUCAAAUGGCUCCAAGUAAUAAAAGCUUUUCCAAAACCCCAGAAGGAACCGAUGCUAAUAAAAUGGAAUGGCUGAAAAAGUUGUGCAGUGAUCCCAAAUUCAAGGACACAGACCAGAAAUUUUUCACAGAGGAAUCCUAUGUUUGAGCAACUGAUAUCAAAGAAUGUUAUUUCAAUUUAACUUGGUGUUGCUUUAAUAUCCCAGGGGAUAUCGUCUCAUCAGGGAACUGAGGGAAGUUGUGCUAUUUGAGGGAUGAGUGGAAUGAUUUUUCUUAGCUAUAUUCUUGCAAUUUUUAAAGGCAUUUCCUGGUAUCUAGGAAGGUCACAUGAAAUGAUUUAAGAGAAACACUUGAUUGUAUAACACUAGCAAACACUUGUGUACGUGCUUGCUAUGUAACUUUUUAAAAAUAGCUCAUAUAUAUUCUGGACAUUGUAAAUUUAUGUUUUGUGUCCAUGGUGAUUUGGCUGUAAUGUGUUACGAUCAGCUUGGCCUUCAUAGCUUUGGUAUUGUAUUGCUCUUUUGAAGCCAAUGGUCCAUUUCAUUGUUCUCCAAGAAAGGAUGUCUUAAACGUUUUAUGAGGAAUCUGUUCAGUAGUUGCAGUCACUUUCUUCCCUUACCAAGAAAGGGGGGUGGGGGAUAAAGGAUGACUUUUGAACUUUUUUGUAACUUAAAAGUCCAAGUUAUAUGUAUUUCACCAUUCUGUGUUCCAUUUGGCUAUUAAUUUUUAUUUGUUCCAUUUUUUUUGUUUAUGAUGAUGCUCUCCAAUGGCAUUACAUUUUGCUGGUGGUGGUAGUGAUGGCAUUGCAGGCAGAGCUUACAUAAUUAUUCUACGUGUCUUUAUUAUAAUAUAUUGAAAGUAAUGCAUUUAUCUUCCAAAAGCUUCAAGAUUGUAUAAUAUAUCUUGGUAUAUUAUUUUUUUUGCUAUUGUAUAUGUUCUGAAAUAAAUGUGUAUUUUUGUACAUGUGGAAAAUACCUUUUGAGUGGGUGGGCUCUGGCAGGGAUGUGUAAACCAUUCACUGAAAUACAGAAGUGCAUGCAGCUCCUGCUUAAUGACCAAAAUUGGGAUCAGCAAUUCUGAUGCUAAGUGUUGCAGACAUUAAGUGAAACAUCACAGGACUGCAACAGACUUAUGACGUUACUUCUGCCGUGGUUGUUAAGUGAGAUAUCAUGUGACCCAGUGGUGGGUUGCUCCCGGUUCGCACCGGUUCGCAAGAACCAGUAGUAAAAAUUUGUAGUAGUUCGGAGAACUGGUAAUAACAUUGGCUGGCCACGCCCCCGAACCGGUCCCCGGCCCAGUCGCCGCUUGCUUACCCCACCCACCUUAUCAGAGGCUUUUUUUUAAUUUUAUUUUUACAAGCAUUUUUUCUACAACCUCUUCGGCCGAAAAAAUGCUUGUAAAAGUUUUUUUAAAAAGCCUCUGAUGAUCGCGCGGCUCAGCUGGGAUUGUCAGAGGCUUCUGAAAGCAUUUUUUUCUGCAACCUCUUCGGCCAAAGAGGUUGUAGGGGGGAAAAAUGCCUUUAAAAAGCUCUGGCGAUCCCAGCUGAGUUGCCUGAUCAUCAGAGGCUCCUGAAAGCAUUUUUUUCUGCAACCUCUUACGGUUGUAAAAAAAAUGCUUUAAAAAGUUUUUAAAAAAACAGUUGGCCACACCCACCCAGUCACAUUACCCCCACCACCACCAAGCCAUGCCCAUAAAAUAAGCCAUGCCCACAGAACCAGUAGUAAAAAUUUUUAGAACCCACCCCUGAUGUGACCGCACCUUGCAAUUACAAUGCCGGUUUCUCCGUUGACUCUGCUUGCGGAAGCCAGCUGUGAAGUGCACAAAAGAUGAUCACGUGACCCAGGGAUGCUAUGACAGUUAUAAAUACAGUGGUACCCUGGUACUCUUUGUUAAUUGGUUCUAAGAGACAUACUGAGUACUAAAAAUAAGUACCAAGCAAACCAUGUGACUUACCACAUCACCCUUUGUUUUGGCCAGGAAGGACUUUCUGUCUCUUCCUUUUCCUAUGUCAGAGACCCUCCCAGCAUGGCCGACUUCCUGUUCGCCCUCUGCGACCAUCCCCCACUUCCUUUUCCAGUGACGUUCCCAGCAUAGCCGAUUUAUAUCAAAUCAAGACCAAAUCAAACUAGAAAAUUAAAUUGAAUUAAAGUUAAUGUGGUAAAUCAUUUAAAAAUUCUCAUUUUUUUGGUCACAUGAAAACUACAAAUUGGCAGCAUAUUUUGGAAUAAUUAUUGAGUAUGGAGUGUUUGCUGGUUGUCGAUUUAAAUAGGUCAUCAGUCUUAAUUUUUGCAACCCUGUGAUUUCUUCUUUUGCAUUCCCAGUUUCCUUCAGGACAGCUCUUCUUCUACUGUGAACUCUUGCCUUGAACUGCUUGAAUGGAUUAUUCAGUUGAUGAGGCAAGAAAUCAGCCAGUAAAACAACUUCUUCUCGGCUUGUUUCCUUUUUUUUAAAGUUGUGCUAAAGAAGACAAAAGCUCUGACAUUGACAUUGGGAAGCUGUAAUUCUGGCUCCUAUUGCUUUGGUGUUUUGUUGUGGAGGGGAAAACUCAUAGUCUUCAGACCAUUGAGAAUUUAAGAAUAAUUAUAAUUUCUCAUCCAAGAAGUAGUGCUGCUUUGUGGGCUCAGGGCUGCCCACAUACCAUGUGUUUUCUCGCCCAACAGUUAUCUGAGCAUAUGGAAGGAACUUCUAUUGAUCUGUUCAUAACGGAACAUGCUGGGUAAUUUUAAAAUUUGAGCGACUGAAAAGUAGUCACGCCUCUUCAGAGGAGAGUCCCCACAAUCUGGGGUUUUAAAUUAUUUUGCUUUUAAAUUGAUUUUAAACCACUGUUUGUUUCCUUUAAACCAGAUGGAUAAACUUCAGGAAGGUGGUAUCUUUUCUCUUAAAAACCUAUGAUUCACUAACAAGCAUCCCGUUCAAAAAUGGGACCAGGGCAAUUAGACUGUUUAUCCAUUGUACCUGAGAUGGUCAGAUUUGUAUGUGGCAGGAAUAAAACUGCUCAUUUUAA